CAUGUCACUGCUACAGGGGGUGCAGACUGCAUCACAUCGGCACGGGGGGUGCGCGUCUAUAUUCUUCCAUUGUGCCAGCAAUGCUGAGCAGACACGAUCGGUUCCUGUAACGAUGUGAAGACGUCAGUAUAACACAACGAUCUUCCUGGCCGGCGGGAUUGCGGUGAAGUUAUUGAUUCAGCGCGCUGGAUUUCGGGUCGCAAUGAGUGGAGCAGGAGCAGCAGACGACUGAACGAGGAGCUAAAUCCGCGCCCGUCUCGUCCUCGGAUUACAUUCGUGGAAAAAAGAAGAUAUCUGAGAAAAGGAAUGAAAGGGAGAAAAAGAAGAGAGAAAAAGAAAAAAGAAAAGUAAACGGUUCUCGGUGCAAAAACACACCACGCGUUUCAAAAGGAACGGGUUUAAUGAAGUUGCUGCUGGUCCUGGUGGUCCUGAUCUCUAGAGUGUCAGGGUCCUCUAAGAUGGAUGAUCAUGCCUUAAACCUUACCUCAGUAUCCGCGAAGACGUUACCAGCGGUGGAGAACGCUAUGAAAGUGAACGAGGGGAGAUUAAAGAUCGAUAAUGAGAUCAGAAAAAAGUGCGAACCGCAGCCGGACUAUCGAGCUUACAUAGAGUGCCUUCUGCAGGAGACAAAGCGGAAAAAACGACAGUGCGGUCCGACUUUGUGCGGAGGUUAUCAGACGUGUUAUGGGAGCAGUUGCAUGCCGACUAAUCAGCAACAGCAGUCAAACUGUCCGGGAACAGGAUGCGCGCAAAACGGACAGCCAACCUGCUCAGGAUUUGGCUGCGUCUUCUUCGGGCACAAGUGCCAAGGAAACGGGUGCAUCCAGAUCGGUGAAACCUGCUACGGAAUCGGCUGCACUCCUCCUCAGAUUGUCCAGAUCGGUACUCCUAGUCAGGUCAAAGAAGGCGCGGAAAACGACGGGAACCAGCCUGCAACUAAUAACAGACCCAUGGGACAGAAUUACGAACUUUUGAAUGACAGUGCAGAGAUUCCAAAUGUACAACCGGAGAACGCUGACGUGACUGCUCUCCGCAAGGAGAUUGCGGAAAUUAGAGAUCAACUGAGGUCCGUUAAGGAGCAGAACGACAGGCUGAUCGAGAUCACCGAAAAGGCCACGACGCUUAUACUGUCUGGUAACGAGGAGCGGGAGAGGGACAGGGACAGGGAAUUCGACGAACCGAUAUUGGCGCACAACUUGACCACCAGUAUCGACAUCAGCAAUUACGUAAACAACACGAACGUCAUUAACGUGCCUUCCCAACUUUCGAAGAACGGUGAUAAUUAUCAUCGGGAGCGAAGUGAGCCCGACAAAACCGUUCCUGGCUUCAACUCCAACCCAUCACAGCUCCAGGGUACCACUGGAAAUUCUGCAACCGAAACCAAGUCACACUGCUGUGUCGUCGUGCGGCCUAAGACGUGUCGCACCACUUGGCAGCCUCCAUACGUCGUCUGCGGACAGAAGAAGCAUCGGACUUGCGGAUCGCAUUGCUAUGGUAAACAAGUCGUUCAUAGUCAGGUGCGGCCGGAGUGCGUCAGGAAUGCUACUGAAAACUGCGUCAGCUAUCAUCCCGCUCCCUACGUACCAACUUACCCGGUGUAUCCAGCCACCGGUUUUUACCCUCCGACCCCGACGUACUAUCCGGUUGUUGGAGCUGCUCAGUAUUAUCCAGUCUACGCACCGGCACCGAUGCCAAUUUAUGCCCCGGUCUCAGGGCCAAUUUACGAACAGCCAACAUCGAUGCUGUAUCCUUCGCAAACGGGGUCCUGGAACCUCGGCGAGGACUCCGAUUACGCGGAUGAGUGCGAAGACUGCGAAACACAGGAGGGUCAAGUUAUAACCGAAGAAUGCCCGGACGGAACUGCCGAAUGUAACCCAGUUGUGAAAAAGGGUCAGGAAGACGAUCGGAACAACUUCGAGGAUAGCCUGUCAGUUUCGCAACCAGGACGCGGCGACACGACUUUCGGAAACUCCGUCGAGAAGAGGAAACCCGAAGAUCUGAAAACGCUGCCAGAAGAAUCUGGGUUCGAUCCGUUGGCCCAGCUUCACCAGGUGGGGAAGGAGGCUCAGGCCAUCAAGCGAUCGGAGGAUCAGCUGACCACCUCUUUGGGGAUGCUGGAAGAAGCCGUGGAGCUGAAAAGGCUCGAGGAAAAGGAUAAAGCGGCGCGGAGCGCAGACGGGGGAAAAUCUGAACCCAAGAGCGAAAGCCAAGCCAGAGAAGAAACGCAGCCACCUUUUGCCACGAUUAAUUCCAAUUGAAACCGUUUAGUGAAUACACAUAAUUAGCCAAAAAUCAUCGUCGAGACUGGGAUUCGUGAUCUGACGAAUUUGCUCUUGAUUAAUUCCAGUCUUUAACGCAUUGAGAAAAACUUAGGUUUUUUCGUUUUUUUUUUUUUUAGAUUUGCACUCAAAAAUUUUAUAAUAACGACCAUUUAAAUGAAAUAAGUUGUCGGGGCAUUGAAUUCUUUCGUUUCGUUUGCCACGGGCUUAAGUCACAUAAGGCAUUAAAAUCGUAUCUAUAACCACGAUUGCAAAAAAUAUAAUUUUACGAACGAGGAUAAACGAAAAGAACCACAGCUAUAAAUUUUUCUCGAUGCAUCAUUCUUCAUCUCCCCGAUGAUCUUACACCGACGUUGUACGAUUCAUGCGGAUCGCCAGGGGUUCGUUAUAUAUCGACCAUUUCCGGUCUCGUUGACGCCGGAAAUUGAACCGAGAAAUCCGCGCGGAGA